UUGAAGCCAUGGACAGCAGCAGAGAUGCGCCAGGUGAGUCUCUCCUCCUUAGCCCGACCCUUGUAGAGCAGGGAAGGCCAGCCGCUGGUUUGGAGUCACAAUGCCCAAAUCGGUGAAGACCAAUGUGAACAUUCUCCAUCAGGAGAAGCUGAUUGCCCAGAAGAAGCGAGAAAUUGAGGCCAAGAUGGAGCGGCAGGCCAAACACAGUCACUUGGCCAGCCAGCAGUCGGGGCAGACUAGCGAUGAUGACAGCGGAGAUGGCGAAGGCUCUGUUUCCAAUAAAUUUGCCAAUGAUGGGAGCUUCCUCCAACAAUUCCUCAAGCUGCAGAAGGAGAAAUCUGGGAACGGUGCUUCCUCCAGUUCCACUGGUGCAUCUACUGCAAAUCCUUCGGCUUCUGGCCCUGCGAAAAAGCCCGCCCUGUCUGGGAAGCGCCCCAACUUGAGUGUCAGCAGCAUGCUGAGCCAAGUGAAGAACUACACCCAUUCCAAGCAGACUCCCGUGACCAACCGUCUGAGUGUCUUUCAGUCGCCGGACGAGGAGGAUGAGGAUGACUACGAACAGUGGUUGGAGAUCAAAAUUUUACCCCCAGAGGAUAUGAAGACCCGCCGAGUGGUGGAGAAGCUGGCCAGGGUGGUGGCCGAAGGGGGACCAGAUCUGGAGAAGGUCGCGCUGGAAGACUGCAAGGAUAACCCAGCUUUUGCAUUUUUGCACGAUAAGAACAGCAGGGAAUUUCUGUACUACCGAAAGAAACUGGCUGAGAUGUGGAAGAAAGGCCAAGAUGUGGAGGUGACCCCUUCCCCGAAAGGUACAACAGUUUCACCCCCAGAGGACGAAGAUACCAAGGACUGCGCCGAGAAGUUGGCUAAGUUCGUGGCAGAUGGGGGCCCCGUAGUGGAAAUGGUUGCCUUGAAGAACCAUCGAGAGAACCAGUCCUUCAGGUUUUUGUAUGAGCCCAACAGCCCUGGCUAUAAGUAUUACCGUCAGAAGCUGGAGGAUUUCCGGAAAGCCAAGGAUGAUGCCGAGGGCAUGCCUCCCGUGCCAGAGCAUGGCCAGAAGCGUAAAGCCACUCCCGAAGGGGUUCCCUGCUCCUCUACAUCCCCGGCGGCCUCAUUGCCAAAGCCAGCAGUGGCCGCAUCAAAGAAGAAGCGGAAAAGCCGGUGGGGCCCCGAGGAGGAGAAGGUCGACUUGCCUCCGCCAGAGCUGGCCCCGGAAACGGAGGACCCCUCGCCCACCCCGUUGUCAGUCCAGGACCUCAAAGGGCUUGGCUACGAGAAGGGGAAGCCGGUCGGCCUGGUGGGCGUAACGGAGCUCUCCAGUGCUCAGAAGAAGCAGCUGAAGGAGCAGCAGGAGAUGCAGCAGAUGUACGACAUGAUCAUAAAGCACAAGCGGGCCAUGCAAGAGAUGCAGAUCAUGUGGGAGAAGACGGUCAAAGAUCACCAGCAUGGCUAUGACAGUGAUGAGGAGGUGGACACGGAGCUCGGCACGUGGGAGCACCAGUUGCGGCGCAUGGAGAUGGACAAGACACGUGAGUGGGCGGAGCAGCUGACGCAGAUGGGCCGAGGGAAACACUUCAUUGGCGACUUCCUGCCACCGGAUGAGUUGGAGAAGUUUAUGGAGACCUUCAAAGCCCUGAAGGAGGGUCGUGAGCCCGACUACUCGGAAUACAAGGAGUUCAAGCUGACGGUAGAGAACAUCGGUUACCAGAUGCUGAUGAAAAUGGGCUGGAAGGAAGGGGACGGUCUGGGAUCUGACGGCCAAGGCAUCAAGAACCCCGUCAACAAGGGAUUGACGGCGGUGGACGGGGCUGGAUUCGGCAUCGACCGCCCCGCUGACCUGAGCAAGGAGGAUGAUGAGUAUGAAGCGUUCCGCAAGAGGAUGAUGCUGGCCUACAGGUUCCGGCCCAACCCCCUGAACAACCCCAGACGUCCUUACUAUUGACUUGGUGGUGCCCUUCCCCCUUAAAACGGUGGUUUGUUUGUACUGUGAGAUGUUACGAAAUCAAUAUUCUCCUCCUCCUCGCACCCCCUUUUCUUUCUUGUUUAAAAAUGUUCUGUUUUAAUAUAUAGCCCAAGCACCAUCUGGUCUCCCAGCCGAGAGCAUUGAACCUAUUUUUAGUAGGAGUUUUGCAGAUUUCUUUUUAAUGGACCUACCUGAGGCAGAGAAGGGGGGCAUGGUCAAAAUCCUUGGCAUGGAUUCGAAGAAAGAGGAAGGCACUGGUGCUCACCCCGAAGGCUUCUGGGACUUGAGUGUACCUGUUAAGGUGGGGUGGGUGAAAGGCAUUCUUCAACUUCUUUGGAAAGAAGAGUUUCCACUUUGGAUCCCAGGUGCCUGUGUAUUAUUAACAGGGGGAAGAGGGCCUGCUUGCUCUGUGUUGGGGCCACUGGGAAAGGCGCCCCAGCGUGACACAGGGACAUGGGGUGGGGGAGACUUUGAAUGGGGAACAGGCAGUGAGGGUUUUGCUGUCUCCUUCCACAAACAGCUUCAAGUUGGCUCCUUCCCCUCCUUUUGCUUUUAAAAAUUCAGACUUGGAUUGCAUUGCAAGACCAGGUGACAGGUGCUUAGUUUUGUGCUCUGCUUCUCAGUUGAAAAGGAGAGAACCUGAGGGGAAGGGGGGUGCACAUGCCAAGUGGCUGUCAAUCUGUCCAUGUUCUGUGUCAGAGCAUGCUAGUUGCCCUUUUCUCACCCCCCCUUUUUGAAAAGGAGAAAAAAAACCUCAAGCCAGCAGUCAGUAACAAACAUCGAGAAUCCUUUAGCUGAGUCCCCGUAUCUGUCCUGGUUCACGCCAAAGUAUUGGGUUCAGUGUGGGGAGGUGUUUCCAUUCCCAAACACCUCCAGAGAGCCUCAGAAACGUCCUUUCUUUCACACACACCCUUUCAGCCGUAAGACCCAGUGUUUGGUUGGUAUCCUGCCCCCUUCUCUUCCCCAGAGUACAAAGCAAAUUGUGCCACUGCUAGCAUUUUUUUCAUGUCAGUUUUUCCCUUUGUUUAAUCUUGCAGAGCUGUAGAAUUGAUGCUUUUGGCUUUUGACAAAUGAAUAAAGCUGCAAAACGAUGUGACUUUCA